UGUGCUUCGAGCAUGGCAGCUCAGCCGAUCUUACAUGGAGCGUUAAAAUCCGCUCGAAGCUCCGAGAAGCACGCGCACUGUGUGCGCAAACAUCCAAAGUUCUGCACCCUGUUUCGAGGAAUGUAUUUAUGUUGAGGGGAAAAUGUGAAUGAGUCUUUUGAAACAUGCCGGAGAGAAGGAGGAGGACAGAAGGCAGCUGCAGAGGAAGAGAGGCACCGUCAUCAUCAUCAUCAUCUACAGUUGCUCACUCUUCCGUGGAUCCCAUCUGGUUUGGAGCAGGCUGGAAGAUGGCUUUCAACAUGCAGCCUUCCCUGCUAGUUCUCCUUCUUCUGGGAGUUGAUGUGUUCAUCAGCAUUCAAGCUCAAGAGGCCGGCGUGUCUGAGCCAUGGAACAGCAAGUCCUGCAAAUGCGACUGUGAAGGAGGAGAAUCCCCAACGACGUUCCCCUACCUUGGAUCUAGCCCGAUGGUCAAAAGAGGGGAGUGUAUGCCAGAGUGUCCGUAUCACCGGCCUCUUGGCUUUGAGGCAGGAUCUGUGAGUCCAGACCAGAUCACCUGCUCCAACCAGGAACAGUACACUGGCUGGUUCUCCUCAUGGGUCCCGAGUAAGGCCAGACUCAACAGCCAGGGCUUUGGGUGUGCAUGGCUGUCCAAGUUUCAGGACAACAGUCAGUGGCUGCAGGCUGACCUAAAGGAGGUGAUGGUGGUGUCGGGGAUCCUGACUCAAGGCCGCUGUGACGCUGACGAGUGGAUCACCAAGUACAGCGUUCAGUACCGUACGGACGAAAAGCUCAACUGGAUUUAUUACAAAGACCAAACUGGAAACAACAGGGUGUUUUAUGGAAACUCUGAUCGCUCCUCAUCAGUGCAGAACCUCCUGCGGCCACCCAUUGUAGCCCGUUACGUUCGCAUCCUCCCCCUGGGGUGGCACACACGCAUCGCUCUGCGUCUGGAGCUGCUGAUCUGCAUGAAGAAAUGCAUGUGAUCCCAUCCUCCUGACAUCCCCAGGCUCUCCUUCCUAAAUGUGUGAUCUGUUUGAUGAUAUAGUCACAAAUCAAGUUGACCCUGAAAUGUUCAACACCAAACUGUCUUUUCCACAUCCGAGAUGCUUCCAUUGACAUGCAUUUGUUUGAUAUGCCCAACAAGCUUUCAUUCGCUCCACUCUGUAUUGUCUGUGUUAAAUCCGGGCUCAGGCUUUAAUUUGAGGAUCGCUCCAUUUGCAACCAAGUGGCAUAAAUUCAAAGCAGUAAUUAGUAGCUGCAAGAAGAGGCAGUGUUGCUAUGGUGUCUGGAGCCACGGGCUUGUGAAAAGCUCCUCCAAAAUAUUUGUGUUGUUUCAGCAUUUAUCACACUUAGAGAACUGUUUGCAGGGAAAUUUUACUUCUCAGUGUCAUCGCCUCACUUACCCUGAACACAAAGAUGGUUUUCCAUUUUUCUAUGCAACCAGUAAACACAAAAAUGAUUCAACAGUUAUUUGUUGUGUUUAAAUCCCAACAAGCUGAAGUGCUUCAUUUUAUCUGAUUUCAAAUUAAAUCAGAGGAACAAAAUGUUGCUUAAUGGCUUUAAACCUUUUUGUUUUAAACUUGUAGAAAAUGAAUGUGACCCUUUGUGUGUUUAUCCAGUACAAGCGUGCUCAUAUAAGAACAUUCUGUGACUGAAUUAGAAACAUGUUGUUUUGUUUGUAUACUAUUAUUUUUGUUUUUACUCCCAAUAUAUCAAACACUACUGUGAUAAAAUCAAAUAACUUGAUUUAUUUUCCUGUAACAUUACAGACUUUUUUUCCUAUGAUGCUUUAGGGGUGAACCGAAGAUUGUUUCUUUAUUGUAUGUCUCCUUUAAUAAAUCCACAUGUGUGUCGA